AUGGUCGCGACAUAUACUCUCUACCACGGCACGUUUAUUCAAGUACCGCGCCAGGUAUCGACAGAAGGCAAACAUACGCUGGAAAUAAAUUCCGGUGCUUUGUGGGUGCUGAAUCAAAGUGGCCGGAUUGAAGGGUUCGACUGGGCGGUUGGAAGCGACGACGAAGAUGCUCUGCACAGGAUGAUUGAGCGGAAUGGGUGGACGAUAGUACCUCCAGAAGUCAAUGGCUCGAUAGAUGCAACGAAACAGACUGUGACGAUUGUCAAGGGAGGAGCUGGACGGGAGAGAAAUGGAUUUUUCUUUCCGGGGUUUAUAGACACGCAUAUACACGCCUCCCAAUAUCCUAAUGCAGGAAUUUUUGGGUCCUCUACUCUCCUAGACUGGCUGCAAAAGUACACAUUCCCGAUGGAAAGGUCCUUUGGCACAGAACCGCCAUCUGAUUCAGCGCCUCCAAAGGCGCACACAGUGUACAACCGGGUCAUCUCGCGCACGCUCUCGCACGGCACUACAACUGCUUCUUACUACGCUACUAUACACGUCCCAGCAACGUGUCUGCUGGCUUCACUGUGCCAUCAGCGCGGCCAGCGCGCUUUCAUCGGACGAGUGUGCAUGGACAAUCCUGCUUUUUGCCCGGAGGAUUACCACGACGAGUCAAGCGAGGAAUCACUCUCGGCCACGCGGCAGGUUAUUGACUAUGUGCAACGCUUAGAUCCCAAGGGAAAACUGAUUGCCCCCAUCGUCACGCCGCGGUUUGCGCCUACGUGCUCUUGUGACGCACUCACUGGGCUUGGGAGGCUUGCGGCAUCGUAUACUCCGCCGUUACAUAUCCAGACGCAUAUCUCAGAAAACAAAAACGAGGUUGCGCUGGUCAAGGAGCUUUUUAAGGGGUCUAGCUAUGCGCAAGUAUACGAAGAUGCAGGCCUUUUGACGCCGCGGACGAUUCUUGCUCAUGCGGUGCAUUUGACUGCGGAGGAGCGCUCGCUGGUUAAAGCCCGUGAUGCUAAAAUAUCGCAUUGUCCGGCGUCUAAUAAUGCCCUCGGUUCUGGGCUCUGUCCCGUGCGAACGUUGCUUGAUGAUGGGAUUGUUGUGGGAUUGGGCACUGAUGUCAGCGGGGGCUAUUCGCCGAGUAUUCUUGAGUCGGCGCGUCAGGCCUGUCUUGUUUCGAGGUUGGUUGCAAGCCAGUCGUCAGAGACAACUGGACGGGAGAAUCUCAGCGUGGAAGAAGCUCUGUACCUGGCAACGAGAGGAGGUGCUCGGGUCGUCGACAUGGCUGACCAGAUCGGCGGGUUCGAAAAGGGCAUGUUCUUUGACGCGCAGUUCAUCGAACUCGGGGCAGGAGUAGUCGACAAUGAUGGCGAUAGUAUUCAAGAUGAGUUAAACAAAGACUCGGGCAACGUUGAUCUGUUUGGAUGGGAGAACUGGGAAGAGAAGAUUGCAAAGUGGGUGUGGAGUGGUGAUGAUCGAAAUCAUGUCUCGGCUAUUGGCUACCUCAACAGCCCGCGGUCUCGCGACCUGCACUUGGCAGCUGCCCUAGGGCUGGACGCAGAUACAGUUCUCUCCAAACCUUCGCAUUUCCAUAAGACACUUGAGAAGUCUAUCUCAGAGUCGAUUCCGACACGAUAUGUUUCUAUACCUAUCGAUCAUGACAAUCACACUCGUGGCACAUAUGAAAACAGGUACUGGGUGUCGACAAGGUAUUACAAGUCCGGAGGACCUGUCUUUUUAUAUGAUGUCGGCGAGUCAGCGGCGUAUAGCUCGGCCCAGGCUAUGUUGUCUGGCGACUCGACCUUUGUGGGUAGCCUUUUGAAAGAGUUUGGAGGUGUUGGUAUUGUUUGGGAACACAGAUAUUAUGGAGAUUCUUUCCCGACGAGCCCAGUGAACGUUGAGACGCCGGUUGAUGAUUUCAAAUAUCUUACACAUCACCAGGCAAUAGCCGAUAUCCCGCAUUUUGCAAAAAGUUUCAACACAUCGGAUAUCCCAAACCAGGAUCUAUCACCAAAGGGCACGCCGUGGGUUAUGCUUGGCGGGUCAUAUUCCGGCAUGAGAUCUGCGUUUACUCGGAAUGAGUUCCCAGAGACAAUAUAUGCCGCUUAUGCAUCGUCUGCACCUGUCCAAGCGCAGGUCGACAUGGGCAUCUAUUUUGAGCAGGUAUACCGUGGAAUGAUCGGGAAUGGGUACGAGGGCUGUGCGCAUGACUUGCAUGCUGCCAUGCGAUAUGUAGAUUCGCAACUCGACCAAAACGGCACUGCGAGUGAUGCCGUCAAAGCAUUGUUCCUGGGAGAUGGCGCGAAACAGAAUUCGGAUGGUGAUUUCACCGCGGCUUUGGCGUAUAUAUACGGCACCUUUCAGUCGUACGGCAUGGGAGGAGGAGAUAUGGGCUUGGGCUCGCUGUGUGACUGGCUGGAGGCUGUGCCAAAUACAUCACCAAGGACAGCAGCCAGCGUAUCAAAAAUGAGAAGAUCGCGGGUCCUGGGAAGAAGACAGGACAGCAAUGAUACCAUAAAUCCAUCGUCGAACGGGACACUCCCAGAAUCAGCCCCGUCAAGUGGCUGGGCUCCUUUCAUAGGCAACAAAGCCGUGGCCGAGCGCCUCGCUGCGUGGUCUCACCUUGUCCCUCUUGUGAAUUCGUACAGCGGCACAGACUGCAGCCAGUCUGGAUCUGAUUCUGACUCCUGUGAUUUGGGCUCCCGGCUCAACGACCCCGAUGGAAUUGGUUGGAUGUGGCAGUACUGCUCGCAGUUUGGCUUCUUCCAGCCAAACAACGUUUCUCCUGAACCCUCGCACGGCCUGCUAUCCAUCCAUCAGACUCUGGCUUACAACCAAGAAGUAUGCAACCGCCAAUUCCCUGGCGCCAUAAAAAGCGGUGCCCUGCCGGAAUGUCCGGCCACUGAGCAGAUAAACAAAGACACCGGAGGAUGGACAAUCCGACCCUCAAACACAUACUGGUCUGGCGGCGAGUUCGACCCAUGGCGCACUCUAUCGCCUCUAUCCACCGAAGAUUUUGCGCCGGGUUUUGUGACGUUCCGCACUGAAGCGCCUCGGUGUGACCGCGAGACGGCCAAAAGGAAUUUGUUUGGAUAUGUGAUGAAGAAUGCGGUGCAUUGCUUUGAUUUCAAUAUGAGGUUUGAGGAGGGCGCCAAGUCGAGGCGGUUUUUCACCGACGCGUUGAAGCAGUGGUUGCUGUGUUGGAAGAAAGCUGCGUAG